ACAUUGAAUCCAUCAACUCGACUCACUCACUGCGCUUGUUUCCUAAUAACUCGUUCUCAUAAUUCUCCACCUUAUUUUAUUCUGUAUUGUUCUUUGGUAUGAGAUAGCAACAAUGGCCUGGAGAUGUCGAGACUGUCAUAGAAGCUUCGCUCAAUGGAGCUCUCGGGAGCAACACCUCGACGCGUUAGACCACCGCCCUCUUGACUUCGAGUGUCGCUGCUGCUACCAUGUCUCAAGUAGCGAGGAAACCCGCCAGGAUCACGAAGCCGAGGACCAUUUCCACUGCCACGAUUGCGACAGAGACUUCCAAAACUACAAUAAUAUCAAGAUGCAUCUUAACUCCCGCAUUCACCGAAAGGGCAGGAUUGCAUGUCCUUUCUGCAAAACGGACUACGUCACCGCGACGGGCCUCGCGCACCACCUUGAAGGCGGACACUGCCCCCAGGCUUCAUUCCUGAACCGCGAUGAAAUAUUUCGUGCAGUGCGGGCUAAGGACCCCACCGGAAUCCUCUCGAAGAAGCUCAUCGGCUGGCAUGGUUCCUCCACAUACGAGGCCUCAGACCAGACGUGGAACGGCCAUGCCUUCGAGUGCUACUUCUGCCACCGCGAUUUCGUGAAUCUCCACGCCUUGAACCAGCAUUUAAGCUCGCCUGCUCACCAGCAGUCAUUGUACCAUUGCCCAAACCGUAAUGCUUGCGGCCGUGACUUCAAAUCUCUAGCCGCCGUCAUGAACCACCUUGAGAGCGAAAGCUGCGCCUUUACACGUUUCGAAAACGUGCAGAGAGCUGCCAUCAACCUUAUCAGCGGGGACCGACGCCUGACAUUUGGCUGAACGCCAUGCCAUAAUAUUGAUAGCGACUUCGUCAUGGGAUGUUUUACUAUCCUGUCUCCUCGUCAUAGACUCGACACAGGUUUCGCAUAGCUUUGCAACCCUUCUUUCACACCGUCGUCUAUCUGGGUUAUAUGUAUGAUUAUAUGUCGAAGCGAAGUCGGCAGAUAAACCCGCCAGAUUUUGAUAUCUUAGGACCCGGGGACGAGUCCGCAGCCACAUAGCCGCAUAUGUAAACGCUCCACUCGGCUUAGCACGGCUCUUCUUCAAG